GGCCUAUUUUCAAGACAGCGACCAGUUACAAUUAUAAAGUUAACUACUAGAUAGAUACUUUGUAUAACGAUUAACAAUUUCUUAUUUCUUGUUUAUCUCUAUCAACCAAUGUCAAAAUAAGCCUCCGGGACAUUUCUAAGAUAACUACUCCUAAUCAAUUAGCAUUGUAUAAUAUCAUACACAUUCUUCUUUCUAUAUUGUCAACCUUCCCCCAGUUCCAAUUCCCUAAAUAUGACCGUGUUCAAUAUCAAGCAGACGUCUUCGGCAGUCGAGUCUUGCUGCACCUGUGCGACUCUCCUUAGCAAAGUCCCCCGAUAUAGCAACUCGGAGAAGCCUCUACCCCAUGAUCGCCACUUAGAGUGCUGCCGGAGAAUAAUAUGCGGACACUGUCGUAAUACCAACCCCCGCUUCAACACCUACUGCCCCUACUGCCAAAUCUCAUUAACAGACACGAGUCUCCCACAAGGUCUAAAAGACCCGCCAUCAUACGAAUCCUCAAUCGCAACCAGUUCCAAGAAGCCCGUCUCCGCAGCCCCGCCACCCUACAUGCCUCCGAUAAACCAAACGAGCCCAGACUUAUUAGACGAGAAGUCCGUCCCUCUUGGCUCUUCCGAACUAGCCGAAGACACCCUGCACUUCCUAGACCACGCACACGACUCCGUCUCCUCGCUCUCUCUGCGCUACGGCGUCCCCGCGCCCGCCCUCAGACGAGCGAACAACAUCACAAGCGACCACCUGAUCCUAGGCCGGCGGACUGUGAUAAUACCCGGGGAAUACUACAAAGGGGGCGUGAGCCUCUCGCCGCGGCCGAUCGAGGGCGAGGAAGAGGAAGCUCGGAAAUCCAAGAUACGACGAUGGAUGGUAGCGUGCAAAGUGCACGAAUACGACGUCGCGGUGCUAUAUCUAGGGCAAGCCGGGUACGACCUCGACAUGGCGACGGAGGCCUUCUUUGCAGACGAGGCGUGGGAGCUAGCGCACCCCGUCGAAGCAGCGAAGAGAGGCAAACGGGUUGCUAAAUAUGCAAAUAAUAGGAGUGCAUUUCGGAGAGGACAUAGGUAAUAGAAGAUUCAUCAACUAAUUGGUAAAAGUAGGUUAGACCACGAGGUUUGGCCUUUUGUAUUGUACAUAUAAGUAUCACAUGUGCAUAUCUCGCAUCUGGGGGUUACUUAGGCACUUUUAUAAGACCUGAGGGUUUCAAGUUUUAAUGGACAUCAACACUGACCAUUAAGCUAUCUUGAUUUGGUAUCAAAAUCCGAGGAAAUCUCUGCGGAUAUAAUAAUAUGACUCCUUAUUACUCCAUGCGCCAUUCCCAAGCCUUUCAUCAGAAUGCCGAUCGAGUUCGUACGUC